GUUCCUGUUUGAGCUUCGUUGCAUCUCUUUCCGUCUCUACAACUCCAGCAGCUUGGUAUUCAGUGCUUCUCCUUGCGUCGAGCUACUUCCCAGUGUGAUCCGCUUGGAGAACGCCUGUCUGCCCUCUGGAGUCCUGCACCGUUCCUCUUCGAUUCCGGUUCCUGUGUGCUGUGCGGCGUUCCAGCCCUCCUCGUUGUGCGUGCGUGCAGUACACACAGAGUCGUUCCUGUGUUCUUCUGACUACAUCAUGAAGAGGACCGCGUCUGGUGUUCCCGUGGCAGCCGGCCAGCCCUCGACCUCGGGAGCCUGCCAGCCGGCCUCCGGAGCCCUCCAGCCCUCGACAUCGGGGCCAGCACAGGUAUGUGCACCAACACCACCAGGGCUUGGGUGUGCUUUCUGUGGCAAAUUUUUUACUGCUACUCGUAAUGCCAGACGGCACGAGAAAGUGUGUGCAGGUAAUCCUGGCCGCACUGUUAACAACCAGUGCCAUACUUGCGGCGUGACAAUAAGCCGCAAGGACAGUUUGGCCCGACAUAUGCGAACGUGUGAGGGCACCGUCGAGCACAGCACAGGCUUGAGGUGCAUUCACUGCGGGCAGCAAUUUGAACAUAGCCACCAUGCCAGACGCCACGAAAAGAGCCAGUGCCAAUUCAAUCCCGGCCGCAUUUCAUUUACAUGCGUACAGUGCCAGGGAGAAUUUACGCGUAAAGAUACGCUGUUUGUGCACAGCAAGACGUGCAAGGGCCUGGCUCCUAAGAGGCAGCGCGUAGACGCGACCUCUGGCCUGCAACAGCCCGGCCCCAGCACUCGUCCGCAAUACGUGGCGAGUGUGCCCGACCAGGCUCGAGUAGACUUGGAGGCGCAAGCGCCUGACCAGGCUCAGGUAGACUUGGAGGCAGGCGGUACUGGGUUCGGGUUCGUUGAGGCGGAGACUGCGUUCCGCAGAAAUUUAAAGACGUAUGUUGCAGAAAAUAAUGGUGCGACAAAAGAUAUUUGUACUUACAUGGUCCAAAUGAAGAAUAACCUCGUGAAUCAGAUAACCAAAGAAGUCAAUGAAAAUGGCCCAGUAAAAUUUAAUAUCUGGCUCGAGUGCGACUAUGCAAAGCCUGCUCCCUUCGAUGAAGGUGUCGACAAGAGAGCAUUCAAGACAAAAAAUAUUCCCAUAUAUGAGGUAAGCGAAAUCGAGGAAGCAAUUGAUGACAGUAUCCUGAAAAUAUGCAAGGAGGAGGAGGACUACGUCAGCAAGGGAUCCGGGUGGACUCUGUCUGUUGUGAAGCGAAUCCAGCUCCGCUUCAACAAGCUUGUCCCUCUUCGAGUCUCCUCCUACAUUGACCUGCCUGCCGCCAUCAAGAACCGUGAAGCGUGCAUAAACCCCAAGAACCUGGAAGAUAACGAGUGCUUCACGUGGGCCAUACUGGCGCGGUACGUGGAGGGGGAGAAUCCGCGGCGAGUUGACAAGCGGUACCACGACUUGGAAAAUAAAUUUGAUUUUUCAGGACUCGAGUUCCCUACCCCCCUCCACCAAAUCAAAGUAUUCGAACGGAACAAUCUCGAUGUUUCCGUCAACGUCUACAGCAUUGACGAAGACAACAAGAUCGCGCCGGUGCGUGUGGGGAAGGAGGAAAAACGUAAUCAUUUCGACCUCCUCAUGCUGACGAGCGAAAACAACUCUCAUUUCAGCUAUAUAAAAAAUUUCUCAAGACUCGUCCGGCCUCAGAUCACAUCCCAUGACCACAAAAUCCAUGUCUGCAAGAGAUGCUUCACCUAUUAUCAUGAUUUGCCACGUGAAUCAGGACUGUCAGGGCAGCAGUGUCUCGACGCGCACAGAAAAUUCUGCAAAACCCAUGCUCCCGUGCGCGUCGAGAUGCCGAAGCCAGACAAGAACGGCCAGCCCCCAGUCCUGGAGUUUAAAAACUAUCACCACAUGUCGAAGAUGCCCAUUGUUGCAUACGCAGACUUUGAGGCCAUGCUCGUGCCCGUACAGACAUGCCAGCAGGACCCCCAGCAGUCAAGCACUCAUGCGUACCAAAAACACGAGGCAUACAGCUAUUGUAUCUAUGUAAAAGUCGACAAUAGCGUGAUCCCAGCCACGCUCACUUCCUCGCUGCCACAAGAGCCGAUUCUGUACAGGGGUCCCGAUGCUGAGACAAAAUUCGUGGAGACCAUUGUUGACAUUGGUAAAAAGGUUAAGGACAUAUACGAGACAAGCCUGCCAAUGACGACGCUGACGGCACAGGAGUAUGCCAGCUUCGCCGCAGCCCAUCAGUGCUGCUACUGCAAUGCGGCAGUGUGGGAAACAUUCGGCUGCGUGACCCUGGGCGACUACAGCGACGUCUACCUCAAGACAGACGUGCUGCUGUUGACUGACGUGUUUGAAAACUUUCGUCGGCUGUACCUGCAGACGUACGGCCUUGACUGCAGCCAUUACGUCAGCGCACCAGGCUUCAUAUACGAGAUCAAGACGCGCGACUUCUACCAGGACCUUGCCGACGACGCUGCGCUCCUGGACGAGUUUGACACCAGCAGCUAUCCCAUUGACCACCCCUGCUACUCACCUACGAACAAGAAGGUAGUAGGCAAGUUCAAAGACGAGUGCAGUGGAGUGGCAAUGGAGGAGUUCGUCGGCCUAAGGGCAAAGCUGUACACCUACAAAUACAAUAGUAAUAUCACAAAAAGGGCCAAAGAAUUCCUGGAGUGGUACCUAGAUGCCGACUGUGGCACGGCGCUCAGGAUCUAG